UGUGCACGAGUUCCCUCCCACUAAGUUCCACCGAGCGACAGGGCUGCACAUUGUGCUCAGAUCGGCCGCUCAGCCCAGAGUCAACACCGGCGUGUCUGUGCACUGAGGAGACAUGGAGCACUUUGAUCAGACACUCAACAUCCACCUGGAGUCCUGGCUGGGUCCGCGAGAUCAGCAGGUGAAGGGAUGGCUCCUGCUUGACAACUACUCGCCGACCUUUGUGCUCACUGUCAUGUACCUUUUGAUCGUAUGGACGGGGCCCAAGUACAUGAGCAGCCGGCCGCCACUGUCAUGCAGAGGACUCCUCGUGUGCUACAACCUGGGCCUCACACUUCUCUCCCUCUACAUGUUCUACGAGCUCCUCAGCGCGGCGUGGCACGGCGGCUACAACCUCUACUGCCAGGACACGCAUAGCGCUGGCCCGGCGGACACAAAGGUCAUGAACGUCCUGUGGUGGUACUACUUCUCCAAACUCAUCGAGUUCAUGGACACGUUUUUUUUCAUCCUGCGGAAAAACAACCACCAGAUCACCUUCCUUCACGUCUACCACCACGCCAGCAUGCUGAAUAUCUGGUGGUUCGUCAUGAACUGGAUCCCCUGCGGCCACUCUUUCUUCGGGCCCUGCAUCAACAGCUUCGUCCAUGUGGUGAUGUACUCGUACUACCUGCUCUCGGCCAUCCCAGCCAUGCGGCCGUACCUCUGGUGGAAGAAGUACAUCACACAGUUACAGCUGAUCCAGUUCUGUAUCACCGUCCUGCAGACGGCCUCUGCAGUCAUCUGGCCGUGCGGCUUCCCCUUCGGCUGGCUCCUCUUCCUCAUCUGCUACAUGAUCACUCUCAUCCUCUUUUUCUCAAACUUCUACUUCCAGGCCUACAAGAAGCACAAAGCAGUGGAAAGUCACCAGAACUCUUGGCGCUCCACAAAUGGGAAUGCAGACUCAAAACAGCGACAAAAGAAAGUGGACUGAUCAGCAGUUUCCUAAUCCUCAGUCGCUGUUAACAAACGCUGCCGCACUUCUUAUCAAGUAUUUAGCAACAGUCGUUCUUUAGGCGACGUUUGUGUUAAAUUAUUCAUGUUCUCGAGGUAUGACGAGCUUUGGACCAGCUCUGAGCGUCCAGGUGUCCUGCACCUUCAUACAAGCGUGUUCCUCAGCUGCCUGACGUGGUUGCGCAGCUGUCUCUCUCUUGUUACAAGAUGCCAUGUUUUGUUGUAAACAAGAGAAUAUUAAAACUUCACAGAUGAUUUAGAUGAAUUAUUCUGUUCCAAUAUCACCAGCAGAUUCAUAUUUCAUCACAGUCCAGAGAACGUUCCGCUGUUUAAACAUGAAAAGGUGAUUUUUUUUUUUUUGCAUGUCGCUGCUUGAGUUUCGUCGACAUAUGUUGCAUAAUUCUCAGUGUAAUUUAUAUAACAGCGACGGUAACAGUAGAUAUGCAUGGAAUUCACUCAGUUAUAGCCACCAAACUUGCUCCCCACAAAACACAAAACACUCAUUUUACAUUAUCGAGGGGGGGUGGUGGAUUUUUUAUGGUUGAAUGAGAUUAUAAAAUGUGGCGAGCAGAGGUUCCAUGGUUGAACAGGAGAGGCUUUUAUCUGACGUGUUUCCGCCUGGCUUCAACACUUGGGUUUACUGUAGCUCUUGUGUACACAGAGCACAGCACACGCUCAAACUCAUCAGGUUUUCGGAAACGUUCAAGAAGCUAUUAUAUCGAUAGGUUUGUAUUGGUGUUAUCACAGCCCUGUCACCCGUUACAAGGCAGGAGGUUGUAAAAAACAUUAGACUUGAUACCAGACAUGAUGUCACACUUGCACUCGUGGCAGCUAAUCAGAAGUUUGAUAAUAUUCUGACCCAGGGUUCUCCCCGAGCAGACACCAGGCGCGACGCCAAGGAUCAACAGAUAGUGAGUCCUCAACUGACAACGGAUCCACUUUUCUCAGACACACUGAGACUGUAAAGUGGAGCUACAUUAUAUACUUAAUAGUAGAAACUAACUAAGUAGAAUAUACAAAGUCAAAUCAGAAGGUGCCUCCACCACCUGAACCUCUCCAGACCAUUUACAGCACCACAUGCAUGAAACUGAGCCUGGUAUUUCCAUCUCCUUCGUCCAACAAAUCCAUCACCUCUUGAAAAGUUGAGAUUAAAAUUGUUGGGAAAAUGCAUUGUAAAUGCACACAUUACCAUUUAGUCUGCAGAUAGAUUUUUUUUAUUGUUUUUGUACAGUGGAAUAUUAAAAUAACUUUUAUAACUGUCACAAGCGGCAGAAUGGAUCAAAGCACGUUUAUAGCGCCUGACCUACAUUUGUGUUAUAGCCAAGCCAUUGGGACACAAAUCAUAGCCGAGUAAUCUAAUACAGUUUCAAUGUUUUUUUUUCUCACCAAAAUCCUGUUUGAUCCAUCUGUGGUGGCUCUGAGGAGAAUGUUAGAUGGAUUAUCCUCCUGCGUGUCCUCGACAGGAUGGGAGCACACACACACACACACACCUGCAAGGUCUGUUGUCAAACUCCAAGAAACACAGUGGUAUUGUUUUGCAAACCUCUGUUCUUGAGGCGUUUUUUUAUUCAUGCUUGGGAAUUUGCAGCGAAAAUACAACCAAGUUAACAGAUUCGGUUUACAGAGCAGUGAGGUUGUUCAGUUGAGGAAAAGUGUGCGCCGAGACACAUUAAACGUGAACAUUCAUCGGGUCGGGGGGCGUCACUGAUAAACCUCUCAACUUCCACUGCAGAAAGACAAUAUUCCCAGUAUUGCAGGGAUCAAAGGAGUCAGCAGCUUCAUCAGACUGGUUGUCAUAAUUUUGGUGUGAAGAACCUCAGCUAGAUCAUGAAGCUUCUUAGGCUGCGUGCAGGUUACAGUGGCUGCUCCGAAAAAGCUGUGUAACUCUUGACACGUGCAAAGUAGAAAGGGGUGUACAUCUUGUCCAGGUCAAAGGUCGUGUCGAUCACUUCCCCGGUCCGCCUGGAAAGAAAAGCAGAUGCUUAAAAGUGUCUUUCGUGUGUUUACGUGAGCCUUACUUGUAGGUGACUUGGUACGAGUGCUGAAACCACUCCAGCUUGCAGAAGCGCUGGCGCCCCCUGGAGGACAGAUGCAGUCCCACAUAGAAGUUUUGCUCGGCCUCUGGGGCUGGGUUCCGCCUGCAGAACCGAUUCAUUUGUUUGUCAACUGGUUUCUGUCGGGAGAAGAAGAGAGGAAUGUGAAAAUAACAUCACAUUAUUGACAGGCGCUGGAUUUACAGUUGGCCACUGAAAUAAACAUCAAAGGCAAACUCACCUCUUCUUUUUUCUUGCAGAGAACAGCAUAGACUUUGGUUUGAUUGUCUCGCUCCUGUGACAGGCGAUAGUGACCAAAGAGAACCGACUCCAUUCUGCAGAGAUUUGGGGGGAAAGAAACUUCACACAAGACG